AUGGACGCCGGGUGUCUGCCUCUCCGCAGCCUGCUGCUCUUCCUCGGUUACCUAUUGCAAGCUGUCCUGGGCACAACUGUGAUCCCCUUAUGUGGGCCUGGUGAGAUGGAGAACUGCACAACAGCCCUGAUCCAGACAGAGAACAGUCCCCGUGUGGCUCAGGUGGGGAUAACCAGGUGCAAGCCUGAGAUGAAGGACUACUGCUUCCAUGGCCAGUGUGUCUACAUAGUGGACUUGGAUGAGCACUACUGCAGGUGUGACGUGGGCUUCUCUGGCGUGCGCUGCGUGCACUCGGAGCUGGUCCGGCAGCCCCUCAGCAAGGAGUACGUGGCCCUGACCGUCAUCAUCGUCCUGCUCUUCCUCGUUGCCAUCUCCAUCGCCAGCUACUACAUCUGCAGAAGGUACAGGAACAAGAGGAGACGAACAACCUCCAGCGAGUACAAGGAAGUUGGUGCCCUGUAG